AUGGAGAUAGACGACGAGAGGGUUGAAGUACCAACCGCGCGCGAGCAACUUGCACCUUGCACGAAUGCCUACAUUUAUGUGUUUACGUGUAUAUGCGUCACGUAUGUUUUGUACGAACGACCGGAACGACGUCGUGCGACAUUAUAUAUACCUACUACGAAAAACGGACAGCGCGAUUUUGACGUAACUCGAACCGAGAUAGUUUCACAAUUGAACAGUGUUUGUAUUUUCUCAUGAUAAUCAAUCCGAUGUCCUAUAACUGAAAAUUGGUAAACUCAGUAACUAGAUAAACUAAUAACUAUCGAAUGAGGUUAAAAAAAAUCAAUCGAUAAGGGGUGUAUACCCGCCGGGAGGACGCGGUGGUCAAGGAGGGGCAAUGAGUCAAACAAUGGAUCAAUACACGUGUGGGAAUAACGUGUAUUGAGUAAUCAUCCCAAGACCCUGUUUAUUCGUUGUUACUUGGUGACUGAAUGAAAUAGAAAAUCAAACGAAUAGAUUCGCCAUCUGAAAAUUGUCUCUAACUCGGAGGAAAUCAAAUACUGCAUAGUAUUAGAAAAAUGGAGAAAUCAGAAAACCAAGGAAGUCGUGGCUCAAAGAGACGAAGUCGAGGAGCAGCGGUCUCGACGAAUACAGAAACUGGAACGCAGUGCGUACAAGUUGUGGUGCGGUGUCGUCCAAUGGAUGAGAAAGAGGCUGUGAGGGGUUAUUCCAGAGUGGUCGAAGUGGUGCCGUCGCGAGGAGUUGUCGAAAUAAGAAAUCCACGAGAAGACCCGAGCCGUGACAGUGUGAAGGUGUUCACAUUUGAUGCUGUGUACGAUUGGAAUUCGAACCAGGCUGAAUUGUACGAAGAAACAGUUCGACCGUUGGUCUCGUCGGUGUUGGAUGGAUUUAACGGUACGAUAUUUGCUUAUGGCCAAACAGGAACAGGAAAAACGUAUACGAUGGAAGGAACGAAAAAUGACGCGGAACGUCGUGGAAUAAUACCUCGAAGCUUUGAGCAUAUAUUCAAUCACAUAGGACGUUCGGAGAACAUGCAGUAUCUCGUUAGAGCGAGUUACUUGGAGAUUUAUCAAGAGGAAAUACGAGACUUGCUGCAUCCAGAUCAGACUUUACGUUUCGAGCUGAAAGAAAAGCCUGAAAGUGGCGUUUUUGUGAAAGAUCUUUCAUCGGCGGUGUGCAAGAGCGCAAGUGAAAUACAGCAGUUGAUGAGAACUGGUAAUCAGAAUCGUACGAUAGGAGCGACAAAUAUGAACGAGCACAGCUCUCGUUCGCACGCAAUAUUUUUAAUAACGAUUGAAAUGAGUUCAAUGGGCGACGAAGCAGGUGGAAUAAGAGUAGGACGUUUGAAUUUGGUUGAUCUCGCUGGUAGCGAGAGACAAAGCAAAACUGGAUCUUCCGGUGAACGAUUGAAAGAAGCGAGUAAAAUAAACCUCAGCCUUUCCGCACUUGGCAACGUGAUAUCCGCACUGGUCGAUGGUAAAACGACCCAUGUACCUUACCGUGAUUCAAAGUUAACGAGACUCCUACAAGAUUCAUUGGGUGGCAAUUCCAAAACUAUCAUGGUCGCGAACAUCGGCCCGGCGUCUUACAAUUACGACGAAACAUUGACGACUCUCAGAUAUGCAAAUCGUGCAAAGAACAUAAAAAACAAACCGCGCAUCAACGAAGACCCCAAGGAUGCGCUAUUGCGACAAUACCAAGAAGAGAUAAGUCGUUUGAAGGAGAAAUUAGCGAUGAAAGGCCCAGGAGCUUCUCGAAAACGGGGAAAACAACGAGGAAAAAAAAUCAACGGUACCGAGGAUUAUCUCGAAUCCGAAUCAGAAGCCGAAGACAGCCGCGACGACAAUAGAAUCAGCGAAAAAGACAAAAAAUUAAUAGCCGAACAAAUAAAAGCUGAGAAACAGGAGACCGAGUGUCUCAUACAAAGAAUCACCGAUCUCGAGUCGAAAAUGUUAUGCGGUGGUAAAAAUAUCGUUGAUCAUACGAACGAACAACAAAGAGCCCUGGAACAACGGUCAGCUGAGAUUGCCGAGCGGAAGAAACGCGAAGUCGAGAUGCAACAAAAGUUAGAAGAUGAAGAAAUGACAACUAUUGGGGUGAGAGAAACGUAUACGACUUUGCAACAAGAAGUCGACGUUAAAUCACGAAAGCUGCGCAAAUGUUACGCUAAACUUCAAGUUUUGAAACAAGAGCUCGAGGACAUCAAUGAAGAAUUUAAUCGGGACCGAAGAGACCUUGAACAAACGCAACACGAAUUGAUGAAGGAACUCAAGCUCAAGUAUCUCAUUAUCGAUAAUUUUAUUCCUCACGAAGAUAAACACAAGAUAUUGUCGCGUAUUAGAUUCGACGACGACGAAGAUUGUUGGAUCGUCAAAGAAGCGACUCCCGAUACUGUCGAAACUAUCAAGAGACCGAUUUCUGUGCCCGAUUCACGACGUCCCGUCACCGAAUACGCAAAAAUCGCACUCGCUAUGGGUCGCGGCUAUCGCUAUGCCGGUGAAAAUAUUUUAAAUCUUGAAUUAGAUAUGCCUGCGCGAACGACUUUGGAUUAUCAAGGGCCAGCGAUCGCCCCGACCAUUCAAGCUGUUCUCGAAGAAGCUCUCAGGGACGAAGGCGAUAUUGACGUCGACGCCUCGAAUGCCAGACUACGACCGAAGCCUCGUAUUCCAUCGGCCAGAACGGCUACGAGGCCUAAAAGCGUUGGAAAAAUUCCUCAAAUACCAGCACCAGUUUAUCCAAAAACGAGGGGUCUCGUACCCAAGUAGAAUAAUAUUAUUUUAUACAGAGUUUACAUCGUUGGAACGGAAUUUAUCUUUUUCCAUAUUGCUUAACAUUUUUAUUUACCUUUAGGCACAUUUUUCUCAAUUCUAGCGGAUAGUAGAACCCAAUCAUGUUGAGUAUUUAAAAAUUCGAAAUUUGGAGAGGAAUCAUAUGUUUCGUGCAUUCCAACAAUGCAAACUUCGAUACCAUUACUUAAUAAACGAUGCUAAAACGUUGUACCAACUGUACAUAUAUCUAUUGUUAUCAGCGCGUAACUUCGAAUGCUUUAAUAUUUAUUUAUGUCUUUUUUUUUCUUCAUAGUACCAUUAUCUCGUUGUAGAUAUUUUUUUUUAAUUAUCAAUCUAGUCAAUGUCUCCAACGAAUGAUUAUUUCACCUAUCAAUAAACAAAUGUUUUGCCAUUCAAA